GCCCAGACGAUCGCAGCCGUCGGAUCCCUUUCCCAAACCCUAGCCCCCAAACCCCAACCCUACAUAAGCCACUCCCUUCACCCGCCGCCGCCUCUCUCUAGUCCCUCGCUCUCUCUCGUCUCGUCGUCCUCCUCCUCUUCCAGGAAGCUCGUCAAGGUAAGAUGUCGUCUGAGGCGGCCAAGGUGGUGGUGCCGGAGUCGGUGCUCCGCAAGAGGAAGAGAGAGGAGCUCUGGGCCGCCGAGAAGAAGACCAAGGCCGUCGAGGAGAAGAAGAAGUCGAGCGAGAACCGCAAGGUCAUCUUCGCCCGCGCCAAGCAGUACGCGGAGGAGUACGAUGCUCAGGACAAGGAGCUGGUGCAGCUUAAGCGUGAGGCCCGGUUGAAGGGUGGGUUCUAUGUCAGCCCUGAGGCCAAGCUGCUUUUUGUUGUCCGGAUCCGUGGUAUCAAUGCCAUGCACCCGAAGACCAGGAAGAUUUUGCAGCUUCUGCGGUUGAGGCAGAUCUUCAAUGGAGUGUUCCUGAAGGUCAACAAAGCCACCAUCAACAUGCUGCGCAGGGUCGAGCCAUAUGUUGCAUAUGGGUACCCGAACUUGAAGAGUGUCCGGGAGUUGAUCUACAAGAGGGGUUAUGGAAAGCUCAACAAGCAAAGGAUCCCUCUGACCAACAACAAAGUCAUUGAGGAGGGCCUUGGAAAGCACAACAUCAUCUGCAUUGAGGAUCUUGUUCACGAGAUCUUGACUGUCGGCCCGCACUUCAAGGAGGCGAACAAUUUCCUCUGGCCAUUCAAGCUGAAGGCGCCACUGGGAGGCCUGAAGAAGAAGAGGAACCACUACGUUGAGGGUGGUGAUGCUGGUAACCGUGAGAACUACAUCAACCAGCUUGUCAGGAGGAUGAACUAGGUUGUUGAGGUUAUCUUCGAAUGAUUCCUUGUGUUCGAAUGAUGUUUUCUAUGUUCAGCUUGCUUUACAUUAGGGAGAUGAUGGAUGCAAUUUUGAUAUUCAGAACCAUGCAUGUUUGGAAGAAAUCUGACGUUGUAUGUGGAGGUUUCAAGACAUAUUUAAUGCCUUCCUAUGUGCCGCCAUUAUGUCUAUGUCUCAUUGUCAACCAUUGUCUUCGGCAUA